AUGCGCAAACUCUUCUUGUCUCGACAGGAUACGAAAGCCGGCGACUGCCAGAUCUGCCUCGACAGGUAUAACGAAAGCAAAAGGCCGAGAGUUCUGCCGUGCGGCCACGUGUUCUGCUCGGCCUGCCUCGUGGGCGUCAUGAUCACGGGGUCGGUCACGUGUCCUUGCUGUCGCACCGCCCACGGCGCCUCAGGAAUAGAGGAUUUCCCUAUCGUGUUCGCGGUGGAGGAGCUUCUGCGGGAAACCGACGCUCGGGGCGAGGUCCUGCUGCCGAGGAGGCGAGGCUCCAGGCUGCUGGAGGAGCUGCGCGAGGGCCAGGCGCUCGCCAUCCAGGACUCCGCCUCCCAGUGCGCGGACCUGCUCGCCCAGAUGGUGGAGUACAAGGGCACGGUCCUCCGGUGGAUGACCGAGCACGAGGCCCUCAUGAAGAGAGUCCACGACGUCCUCCUCCACCACAAAGCGGUGCGCCAGAUGCUCGAGGAGGAGAAGAACCUGGUGGACGAGUUCUACAGCGAAGGGCGGCGGAAGCAGCUGCAGCUGAUCGCGGCGGGGGAGGCCCUCCACGCGUCGGGGACCCCGCAGGAGACGGCCACGUCCAUCCACCACGCCGACGAACUCCAGGACGAGGCGGAGACUUGGCUUCGGAAAUGCGUCAGACAGUUUCCCGAAGCGAACACCGUCCGCAAGUCCAUCAAGGUCAGUGGGGCCUCCUCGCUCUCCGUUGAAGACUCUUGUGCUGCAAUAACUCCGUAA